AUGGUCAACCAAGUCACAGGGACUUUCCAAAUCAAGGAGCAGAGGUUACAAAAAUACCAUACCGAAAUCUGCAAACUACUACCCGAGUUCGAUGAAUGUCAGCUCGACCAGAUUCCCCAAGCACAGAAUAUCGAGGCAGACGGCCUCGCCAAAUCGACAGCAGCCACCAAAAACUUCACAACCGAAGAUCAAAGUAAGGUCCACCUCCUCAAUUCGUUGAUAGACCAAAUCAAGGUAAGAAACGUAAACCUUACUUGGGACUGGCGCAACCGUAUUGCUACAUAUUUGCAGGACGGUAUACUCCCCAAUGAUAAAAAAGAGGCCAAGAAACUGUGGAUGCAAGCAGCCAGGUAUAGCAUCGUUCACAACGACCUGUACAAAAGGACAUAUGGCGGCCCCCUAGCGAAAUGCUUGGACCCAAAUCAGACGCGGCGCGUCCUUGAAGAAGUGCACGAAGGCCACUGCGGAGCUCAUUCCGGCAAUCAAGUGUUGGUUAGGUGCCUCAUACGAGCAGGAUAUUACCGGCCCGCCAUGAAAAAAAAAGCCGCAAAUUUUGUGAAAAAUUGCGAGCGAUGCCAGAAGUACGCUCCAAUGAUCCACCAAGCAGGAGCAUACGCCCAGAUACACGAACAGGAAGUAAUCGCCUUCAUAUGGAAAAACAUCACAUGCCGCUUCUGUCUUCCCAAAGAAAUCAAUUGCGACAACGGACCUGAGUUUGCUGGAAAGAAGGUCGCCGAAUUUUUUGAAAAUGGCACAUCAAAAGAAUACUGCCAACGCCUUACCACCCCACAGGCAACGGAGGUACUCUGGGCCUGCCGAACAACGCCAAAAGUGAGCACCGGGGAUGCAGUAAUACCAGUCGAGGUCGGGGAGCCCAGUCUAAGGUAUUUCCGCGAGAGCGGAUCCCAGAACGAUGACAGUAGAAGGCAAGAACUGGACGAGAUCGAGGAACGAAGAGAUAUGGCUUAUGUAAGAAUGGUAGCCCAUAAGCAACAAGCAAAACGCUACUAUAACAAGAGGGCAAAGAUCGGGCCACUUAAAGUCGGGGCCUACAUGCUUAAAGACAAAACACAAGCAAGCAAAGACCCGCGAGAAGGAAAACUGGGAACAAACUGGGACGACCCCUACAAAAUCACGACAGCAGCAAGCAAAGGGUCAUUCACACUAGAAACAAUGGAAGGAAAGCGACUACCAAAUAACUGGAACAUUACGCACCUCAGGUACUUCAACUUUUAA